UUGACACCGUAUAUAUAAUCAAAGUCCUUCUAGGGUUAGAUAAUUUAACAAGCCUAACUAAUUUAUAAAAGGGGCAGCUACACACCAUCUAGUCUUCACUUCGUUUUCAUAAAGAGUCUUUCGUGUAACCAAAGAGCCAUUUUCAGUUUCAAGAGUAAUAAAUCGAAAAAAAAUUAGGGUUUCACAGAUCGUGAUCAUGAAGAAGAGACAAGUGGUAAUAAAGCAAAGAUCAAGAAACUCCAACACGUCGUCGUCUUGGACUACUACUUCUUCAUCGGCGACCAAUAACAUCCGUUACGUGGAGUGUCAAAAGAAUCACGCUGCUAACAUCGGAGGUUAUGCCGUCGACGGUUGCCGUGAGUUUAUGGCCGCCGGUGAUGAAGGAACCGAUGAUGCUUUGAGAUGUGCAGCUUGUGGUUGUCACCGGAACUUUCACCGGAAGGAAGUCAAUACGGAGGUUGUUUGUGAGUACUCUCCACCUAACGCUUGA